CCUCAGUGUCGCCUGACAUGCCAACGGAAACGUGGUACUCCGACAAAUACAGGCCAGCGCAAUACCCGCUGUACAACUACUGCAUCAAGUGUUCCACGCAGUUUGCGGCGGAUAACACUUAUAAGCGGCACCUGGUUGAUGUCUAUAAGGUGCGAUUCAGGCCUGUCAAGCCUGGACCAAAAAGGACGGUAUCAUGAGCGAUGCGAAUUCUAAACAAGUGAGAGAAUGAUAAAAAGCACGCUCGCACCAACGCACAAAGAUCUAAAGGCAAAACCCGGAAUAAAGCUGCGAAGAAACAUCUGUACCAGCUCAAUUGCUUGGUUAGUGCGGAUAAACAGCUUCACAGAUACCUUCAAAUGUUUUAAUAUGUCGAUCCAACAAUCAUGGAAAGUCAUGAAAACUUUGGCGAUUGCUGGAAGUAUGCCACUUACAGCAUUUGUGCCUUCGAUGGACGGUCGUUGUUUAACCCGACGUACAAACACUUCUUUGGGAACAUGAUAAUGGAGAAUGCGUGCAGUGCCUACGACCGGCUAUCGCCCACUGAAGCCUUGGUCGUUAACGACGCGGUCAGAAUUGCACUGAAAAAGAAGGCACCCAAGUUCCUUGCCAACUAUGGCCCAAUGUUCCGUGCAUUCCGCUGGAUUGGAUGCCCGUUGCUGGAGCGCGUCAAUGUCGACUGCGGCAUAGAGCGUGGUAAUAUCACUGACGAUGACGGCGACGACUCGUCGUUAGUUUAUGCAAGAUAUGAGCCAAGAGUACGAGAGUGGGCGAGACUCCUUAGCAAGCAAAGCCCAGAUUCAGAUGCAGAAGAAGGAGCCGGAGAAGAUGAGGAAGAGACAGAGCAAGAUAGUAGUAAUAGUAGUACUGAAGAACAUGGUGUGUAUGGUGAAGACGGUAGCAGCAGUGGUGACGGACAGAGUAGGGAGUAUAGUGAUGACGACGAUAAUUGAGGAAGUAGAAA